AUGCCCACCAAGGUCAGCCCUGUCCCACGAGAGGAGAUAGACAAAUGCUUCUCCAAGACGACCAAUCUAGCAUCUUCCAGCUUGAACUCCACGAUCCUGGCCUGUAGCGAUGAGUACUUUGCUGCUGCAUCGAACCUGCUCACACCCGGCCCUCCGAUCCAUAAGCCAGGCGUCUUCGUGCAUACAGGAGCAUGGUACGACGGAUGGGAGACCAGGCGCCAUAACCCGGCCGAGUACGACUGGGCGCUCGUCAAGCUGGGCGUAGGCAGUGGAAUCAUCGAAGGAAUCGAGAUUGAUACUGCGUACUUUGUGGGCAACUAUGGCGAGCAAGUCCUUGUCGAGGGUGCAUAUCUGCCAGGCGCCGACCCUGAAUCAUCCUCGAGUGAGCAGGAAAUGAUCAGUGACAGCUACUUUAAAUGGGAGACCAUCCUCCCGCUACAGCCAUGCGGUCCCUCGAUGCGUCACGCGUGGAAGUUGCUGGAGCCGACAGGCCCGUUGACGCAUGUCCGGGUGCGUAUGUAUCCAGAUGGCGGAUUCUCCAGACUGAGGCUAUACGGCCAUGCCCUGCCGCCGUCUCUGGCAUCAACUCAGAGCCAGACUCCGCCCAUAGAAGAGCUCUCGUCUGCGCUGAUGGGUGGUCUUGCUCUCUCUGCUAGCAACCAACACUUUACUCCGGCUUCCAACCUCCUCCUACCCGGACGAGGGAAGGACAUGGGCGACGGAUGGGAGACCGCCCGCUCGCGCCAACAAGGCCAUGUCGACUGGGCUAUCGUGAAGCUGGGACUGCCUGGGUCUGUCGUCAAGGUGGUGGUCGAUACCAAGGACUUUAGAGGGAACUUCCCGCGUGCGGUGCGUGUCGAGUCAAUCGACUGGAAGGACAACGGCGACAGUGAGCCGCCGUUUGACCAUGCUGGCUGGACUGAGUUGGUCAAGGGAGAACAGGCGUGCAAAGCUGAUACAGAACAUGUAUUCGAAGGGGAGAACCUCGUUGCCGGCCGUCAUAUAACGCAUGUCAAGCUUACUAUGAUUCCCGAUGGAGGAGUCAAAAGAUUCCGCAUCUUUGGACAUAGAUCUAUUUGA